CUUCACGAUAUGACCGAGUGAGUUCGCCGUUAGCCUCUGGUCGUGGCUUAAACCCAGCUAUUUGUGCUUUGAUAACUGAACCCAGUGAUAAGACAGUGCAGUGCCUGUGAUAAUGGAUGUUGAUGAUUUGCUUUGAAGAUGGUCAAAUCGCGUUAGUGCAAAAUGUUGUCAACAAACGUGUUAUGUUUGAAGAAGCGUAAGAAAAAGAGCUACUGCUUUAAAUCCGACAAUGGUUCAACUUUCGUCGACAAAACCAAAAGAUCAGCCGGUGGCGCAGCGACCAUGCUUCAAAUCACCGAAGAUACACCGCCUGACAUGCUGGCAGGGGCCAUGGAUCUUACGGUACAUCUACCGACUGGCAGAACAGUCAAAAUGUCGGUGGAACGGAGCACGCCUAUGAUGGACCUUUUGGUGCAAAUCACCACCCAUAACCACUUGCAACUUUCGGGAUACACCCUCCAGGUCUUGGGGAUGGCGCCUUCGAAAGAACAUAGCGACAGCAUUUUACCUUACAAACCAAAUACUCCUAUUGGAACUCUUGAUACUCAACACAUUAGAGUGGUACCCAAAGCGCGAACCGUUUCGGUACCCAAAAACGUCCCUCCCGGACACCAACCAUUCGAAAGCACCUUCAGGUUGAAGGUUCACCUACCGAGGAACCAACUGUAUGUCACUCGAGUCGGCCAAAGUGUCCACUUGGGAGACAUUAUGAAAAAAGUCUGCGAAGAAAAAAUUCUAGACCCUCUUAAAUACGAGUUCCGACAUCCAGGCAACUUGGACGAGAUUCUGGACCCCAAACUCACACUCAGCGAUUACGCAAUCACGGAAAUAUAUCUUGUCCAAAAAGGAACCGGAAGUCUGAACCAAGCUUUUUCAAGUGGAGACAUUAUGGCUCUUCGAAAAGAAGAAGAACGCAAGCAGAUGCACAACAAGACGGGCGGGGGUGUCUUCAAUUUGAUCUUCAGAAGAGGAAAGUCGAGUACUGGCUCGUUAUCGAGCGACAAUCGUUCGAUUUCGCCGACUCACAGCGACGAUUCCCGCUCUGUGACUCCUCCAGGAGUGCAACAACAAAUAAUUACCUCUCAAGAGCCCCCCGAACGGCCUAAACCUCCUCAAAGGAAGCGAAGACCGGCACCCAAACCCCCGCAAGACAAACCAAAAGUUGAAAAUGGUCUAACUAUCUGUCAUUCAAGGAAUAGUAGUGAUAGUUCCGGUUAUCACGAAGCUUCGAUUUUGAGUGAUAACAACACAUCGUUGCCUCGAAGGCCCAAGUCAACGAUGAUUAGUGAAGAAAGUCAGAAAAGUCUAGGGGUACACAGUCACAGUACCAGUAAUUUAAGUAAGAUGAGUGCUCAGUCAAAGUCAACGUCUAGUUUAGCAGUCCCAAGUCGUAAAAAGAAAUCAGCACCUCCUCCGCCACCACCAGUAUUAAAACCCGAUUUUUCCGAAGCUAAACACCAAGAACCUAGUCCAGUAGUUGCUAGUCAACCUUGUAUAGUAGUUCAAACAGAAACACAUGGUAAAGGGCAAGAAAGUCUUGUAGUUAACAACACUAAUCCCAUACCAACACCCAGAACUCGAACCAAAAUUACACCAUCCCCGCGUCCGCGUAGCAUUGUUAACGAACCCAUUAAAGAAAACAAAAGCGAAGCGCCUAUUGAAGUCAAGGAAAACAAAAGUACAGUUGAAGAUUUCGAAGAAAACAAUAGAGUUGAAACUGUCAAAUAUGAAGAUAUUACAAGCGAAACUGUCGUGACCCCAAGUGAUGAGAAAAAAAUUGAAGCGGUGAACAGUGAAGUCGUGAAAACAAAUGACGAUCCACUUGCGGCUGUCAAUCCUCAAGUUGUCGAUAAGGAAACUAUCGGUAAUGAGCCACCUCAAACAAGUGAACAUUCCGACUUGAAUGAAGAUAUUAAAAGUAAAGUUUCUGAAUUGGCGCAGUUGCAGAAAGAGGGGGUCGAUAAUUUUUUCAAAUCUUCGGAAAAAUCAAAAGCUCCCGAAAUUGUGGCCUUAUACCCAAAACCGGUCAAGUCUGAUCGCUACUCAAAAUCGAUUUUUGAUUCUUAUACCCGAAAAAGAGGUUUCCAGAUCGGUAGUUCGCUUCUAGAUGAAGAAAAUUCGACUCAGAAAAGCUCUAGUGGGUUAUCGACACCGACGUCAGUCUCUUCGGCUUUAAAUGCUUUUGAUUUUGUCGAUGAAAUAGAGGGAUUGGACGUAGAGAUGUUCACUGGGUCACUCUCUAAAAACUCCAAAAACAAAAGUGUGAUUUUGAACGAAUUGCACGGAAUGCACGAGUUGGAAAAUUUGAAGAAGAAUCCAUCUAGGGGUAGUUUGCGCAGUGUGAACAGUCUUCCCGGUUUCACAGGCACCAACAUGAAGAAAUGGAACAAUGUUGAGGAACUCGACGAGAUUUCGUUGAAUUCAAACGGGGGGAAAAACGGUUGGGUGCUUGGGGACACUUCUGACACAGAAUCUUUAGCUUCAUCGGCAAACAUCUCACAACCCACUGAUAGUCUCCUCUCUGUGCAAUCACUUCCCGAACAGAAGCCGAAAGAAGUCGAAGAAACCACAUUUACAGUGGCCCUCGAAUCGGAACCCGACUGGCAGUACCAACUCCCCUCGCCCCCCAAGGCCUUCCGCGACUCGAGUCCAGCGGACGAAUCAAUCGCCGAUUCGGUCGUGACCUCCCCCGAACUUUUUGAGAAACUCAAAGCUGUCAAAGAUACCCAAUCAGAGAAGGAGACUGCAAGUGACGUCACCAGCAUGGUAAGCGAGGACGACAAACCUAUUUUGAAUAAACUCUCGCUUGAGAAUCUCGAAAAACGCAAAUCUUUGGUCUACAAUCGCGAAUUAACGACCACUUUAAAAGAAAAGAACGACACUUUUUCCAGCAGUUUGCAAAAUUUUGAAGAGACGUACAAUGAAGUGAAGAGAUCUAGUCCAAAACAAGUGCUAUCGACGAGCACUUUGCCCAAUUUUAAAAUCACGACUUAUAACAACUCCAAACAGAAGUUGGAUAUCUUUGAGGAUGAUACAGUGAGGAGUAACUCGGAUAAGAGCAGCAAGAGGAACUCUUUUGCUGAGCCCACUUUGGAGAAGAGCUAUGUGGGGAGGUCCAUGGAGAAUAUCUCCUUCAGGAAAAAUAGUUUAGGCAGAUCGGAUGAUGAAUACAAGUUUUUUAAACCACCGAAACCGAAAAAUUCUAGUGUUUUUCGGUCAGAGUCUUUUUCGAGGGAACCAACAUGGGUACCAACUAAACCUGUUGCUAGAUCCAAGUCACAAGUGGCUUUAAACAAAUACAAAGACACUAAAAAUUUGUCAAAAAUGGAUGAUGAUAGCCUUACUAAAAGCAGCAGUCUGUUUGAUGUGUCUGGUCUUCAGAGCCUUGGGGUGAUGAGAUUAAUACAAAACAAGCUAAACACUCCGAAUAAUUCGACCGAACAGCUGGAUUGCGAGAAAUCAAGUUACCAGGAGCAACCCGAAAUCAAGAUUGAAGUACAAAAACCCGAAGGGAAACAAACGACUGUUAAGACAUAUCGGCCACCUUCGAUCAACAUGGGAACGUGGUCUGAAAGACCUAAAAUACCGGUAAAUGUCAAAGAUGACCCCGAUUACAAAUCAAACACCUCAAAACUGAUCGUGAAUACAGUAAACAAUGAUAUAAAAAGUCACAACAGCAUAGAAGUACGAAAUAAAACGACGUUCAGUAACGGAGUAAGCGUAAGAGUCGGCCCUGACACGAAAAAUGUGAGCAUCAAAGUCAACGGAGUCGAGCCACAAGCUCCCGGAAACGUGGUAAUUAAAAUUGGGGGCACAAAACCCGUCUUUAGGAAGCCUUUAGGGAACGUCAAUGAGAACCAAAGGCCACAUUCCAUAGCCUUUGGUGGCGAUUUUGACAUUUCUAGAGUCCCGAUAGUGAGGUCUGUUGAGUUUAAAAAACCCUACAAAGAGGUCCAGAAUAAUAAUAACACUUCAAUAACUCAAAUUAAUAACAGUAAUAAUGCUUAUAAGUUGAAUGGUUGGAGGCAAGUAGCGGAGGAGCCACCCAAACCCCCUCCGGUGGAGGCAAAACGGGUUUUUCGUGUAAAGAGUUUCGUUCAAAAUUCGGCUCCUGUAGUCCGGGGGUUCCGAAAUAAUAGUAAUAAUGAGAUUAAUAGGGCAUCGUGGAACCAACCCCACAGCUUUUCCACCCUGCCGGCCAAGCCUGCCCCUGUGAAUUUCGCUGUGAACGCCCCUAUUCCCUUCUCACAGAAAAAUCUACGAAGGACUGAAUCCGCAACGAUGGAUAAAAAAGUGCCACCCCCGGCCCCCGUCAUGCCGAAGACUUUUUCAGGGGGUGGUGGCCGGGAUUGCGGUGGGGAUCCCAGGGAUCAGUUGUUGCAAGCCAUACGAGAUUUCGGCGGAAAGAAGGGGUUGCGGGCAGUUAAAGCCUGAGUGUAUAUAGAGUCAUAUUCGUAAAAAGCUCAAUAUGUUCUGAAUUAUUAAUCAGAUAAAUGCAAGAUAUAGGGACCAAAGGUUUUGUGGAAUAUGAUUAUUUAUUUAUGUUUAUUACUCAUGUAUGUAUAGUGAAAUAAAUUAUGAAUAAUUAUUUA